AUGGAACAUAUGCCAAUCCAAUGGCUGAUGGAAGUGCCCGUUGUGACACGCUGCUACACCAUCGGCAUUGUGGGCGUGUCGUUACUGGAAUCUGCAGGAUAUGUCACCGAAAGAGACCUCGUGUACACUUUCGAGGAUGUGUUCGUUCGAGGGCAAGUUUGGAGGUUACUGACCUCAAUAUUGUAUUUCGGGCCGUUCACCUGGGAUUCAAUUCUUGGACUAUACAUGACGGUCCGUUAUUCGCAAAACCUGGAACAAUCGUUCUACCAAACACGUCAUUAUAUAUGGUGUUUGGCGUUUUUAAGCACAGGUUUGAUCAUCUUUAGCACACUGGUCCAUCCACUGUACAAGAUUGGAACUUACCUCGUCGACACCCUGCUGUACAUCUAUUCAAGACGGAAUCCAACACAGGCUCUGCAACUCAUGGGCUUGUACAGAUUUGAUUCUCUAUAUUUGCCUCAGGUGUUUUUCUGUCUUGCUGUUCUAGGAUCGCAAUCACAAAGCAUGGGUAUUCGCCUGAUGCAGUCUUCCUCCAUUGUCGAGCUGAUCAUAGGCUACCUUUGGGGACACGUUUAUCUCUUCCUUGUGGACGUUUGGCCCAAACUGCACGGGUCCGACCCCACUGGUGCACGGAUGUGA